UGGGUUUUUGUAGCUCCUCGAUUGGUUAACCGGGUCACGUGGCCUCUGGUCUUCAGGACUUCCUACACGCGUGUCUUUAUUUGAAAAGCGCCUCAGUUAUCUACAAUUGAAACACUACGAUCAAGUCCGUGUCAUGGGAGAUAAGACAAGUCCUACGAGGCCAAAGCGACAACCAAAGGCCAGCACUGAUGACGGCUUCGGCCACUGGGACUGCAGCGUGUGCACGUUCAGGAACAGCGCAGAGGCGUUUAAAUGCCUCAUGUGUGAUGUGAGGAAGGGCACGUCCACGAGGAAACCACGGCCUCAAGUAAAUCAGCACUUUGCACCACCCACACAUCACAGAAAAGACAAGAAAGGAAGGUUUGACAAAGACAGAAGUGAAAAAGAGCCUUCACUGAAAAGGAAGCACUUCAGAAAGACAAGACCCAGAUUAAAAAACAUUGACAGGAGCAGUGCCCAACAUCUAGAGGUAACCGUUGGCAAGUUGACUGUAAUAAUCACAGACUUUAAGGAGAAAGUGAGGCCCAGUGCCACUUCAGUGGACCAGCCCAACUCCAGCAGCUCAAGCUCUGACCACACAGAGGCAGCAGCUUCUCAAUACUCCUCUCCGCACAGAGACAGCUCCUCAGGAAACAAAGACACUCACUGACUGCCAGCCUGCAAUGGAUUCUACGCAAGUUCAACAUGCACUAACUGUUUCACUACUGAGUCAAUAAUAAGGCUGUAUAAAACUUUCAUUUCCAUUUCCUUCUCAGGAUGACAAGUCAUAUGGACAUUACAGCUAUUACAGGGUUAAGAAUAAUGUGCCUGUUUAAGUCAAUGAUAUGUUAAAAACACAGCUGUUAUGCAUAUAGAGCAUUAAGUAGCAAAAACACAUUUGCUAGAAUUUGUUUUUGUUUUAUUUUGUUUCUUUGUUUGUUUUUUUGCACUUGAAUGUAGCCUAUGUUAUGUCCUUCAUUAGCAAGUUAUAUUUUUUGUUUUUAUUGCUGCAUUUAUUUAUUCCAAAGAACC